AUAACAAUAAUAAUAAUCAAAGCAUUUCAAUCCAAACCAUGGGUAGGAUCGAUGUAUAAUCCUUAAUUUUGAAACAAUUAGGCUACAUUUUAAUUUUAUCAAUGCGCAUGCGUAACAAUUCCGUAACAACAAUAAAUGGACUAUGUACCUUUUAGAAACCCUGUGUGAUGUGAGGUACCCACUUCCUGUUUCAAACGUUUUAUUUCACAACCCAAACGCCUUAUUAGCACUAAAUAAUAAUGUACUCUUAUCAUGUAACAACAAUUUCAGUGUAGGUUUUCAGACAGGCAUGUUUUCCUGCAUUCAAACUCUGGAUAAGACUGUCCCACAUGAUGACGUCACUCAGUUUUGGGUCUGGUCGGUAGGGGCGUAAUGCAGCCACGCAAACAACUUGGCUUCAUCAUGCCGACAAUAUUUUGGAAAAUUAUUAUUAUUCAUGUCAUCACCACUAUCGGCUUUUUUUGGUGUGUUGCUGAUAGCAAUGCGACUACUGAGAAUAACGAAGAUAUACCAGCGAUCGCCAAAUAUUUCACCACGAAAGGACGCUAUGAGGAAGUGAACCCGUAUCUCAUAGAUAACAUACUCGCUGUAAACAAAUCCAUGCUUAAGCCCCCGUCUGAAAACUGUAGAGAAAUUCAUCUGACUGCAAUAAUAAGGCAUGGGACCAGAUACCCGACGACCAAAAACGUCAAGAAGAUGCAGAAGCUGUACGACGUGGUGAUGAACAAUGCGUCAGGCGAACAAAGUUGGCUGCAUGAGAUCAAGACUAAGUGGACUAUGUGGUACUAUGAGAACAUGGACGGCCGACUCGUCCAGAAAGGUGUUCAAGAUCACAAGCAUCUCUCCAUCAGGCUGUCUAGGCUGUUCCCCUCACUGAUUUCAGAGGAGAACCUUCAAUCUGGACGCAUUAAAUUCAUCACCAGCUCAAAGCACAGGUGUGUCAACAGCACACUGUCCUUCAAGGCAGGACUGACAGAGGAGUGGGACAUCAAAGGUAAGGAGUUUGACCAUGCAGUGAAUGAUGCUCUCAUGAGGUUUUUUGACAAGUGCACAAAGUUUGUGGAGGAAGUUGACAAAAACCCAUCAGCCCUGUCAGAGGUUGAAAAGUUCAAGGAGAGACCAGAGAUGAACAGGGUCCAGGAGAAGAUUGCAGACCGCCUCAAUGUCAUGUACAGUCUCAUCACAGCCGAUAUGGCUGAGGCUGCAUUUUACUUGUGUGCUUACGAGUUUGCCAUCAAGACCGUGAACUCCCCCUGGUGUCAGCUCUUCGAUGAGGAGGAUGCAAGGGUUAUGGAGUAUGCAAAUGACCUGAAGCAAUUCUGGAAAAGAGCGUAUGGUCAUGAUAUUAACAGCAAGUCGAGCUGCAUUCUCUUCCAUGAUUUGUUCAGUCGCCUUGACAAAGCAGCCAACGAGAGCAAGUCCGGCCAGCAGGUGACUGAAGCCGUGACAGUCCAGAUUGGCCAUGCAGAGACCCUCCUGCCGCUGCUAACUCUCCUGGGCUUCUUUAAGGACAACGAUACCCUGACAUCUACCAACUACAUCAAUCAGAGUGAACGAUCCUUCCGCACCAGCCUCAUGUUACCCUAUGCAGCUAACUUAGUCUUUGUGUUGUACGACUGUGGAGGAGGCGACCUGAGACUGCAGCCGCUGCUCAAUGAGAAGCCUGUGACUUUCCCUGGCUUGACUGACCAGCAGGCAUCCAUGCCACGCUAUCAAGACAUCAGGGAGCGCUACAGAGUACUGCUCCAAGGUUGUGACUUUGAGACGGAGUGUCAGCUGUUCAAGCAGCAGGCUGAUAUUUAGGCAUCCAGGGUAAACUCUGAAGACAAAGGCAUUACAGAGGCCUAAGUCUGUUUCAUUUUCAAAAUUGAGUGGAGAUUGUGCACCCUACAGGACUAGCAAUUAGUGGGAAUGCUUCUCCCAUGCAAACCAUGAACACAUGACUUUUUGAUCUGACUUUAGAUCUAAAUGGAUGAACAAAGUGUACACUCUUCGAUGAUGUGUGCUUAUGAAAGCUCUAUCUGAGAAAAGAGUUUGAGUCUUUGAUACAGUAAUGAUCCAAGGCUAGAAAUUCAAUUACAAGUUCACCUGUACCAUUACUAACAUUAUACUGUGUAUGCUUUUGCAUACACAGUAUAAUGUUAGUUUGCAAAGUAUUCAUUAUUGGGCAGAAGUGAAAGAAGUUGGGAUUUUUUUUGCAGUGUAUGAAUUUUAUGUGUUCUGUGGAUUCAUUUAAUUGAAGUUGUGUACUUCAACAACAUUUGGUUACCCUUGGUUUGAUUGAGCACAAAAUUGUGUUGUCAGUAUGUAUUACAAGAAGGGUAGUUGUUUUUAUUACCAUAAGUAAUUUUACUUUGCUCAUAAAAUAUAUUUGGCAGGGCUGUUCCUGGACUGAAUGAAAUUAAAGUUGAAUUUAUCUUCACUCAACUUCUGGCCUGUAUCAUGUCAUCAACUUUAUAUCGUUUGUCAAUAAGUACAUUUACAAGCACCCUAGUACCCGAUUCCCUGGUUUAAAUCAUAUUUGGGUUAUAGAAGAUAGCUGUAGUAGUCAUUCAUGUGAUAUGGAUAUCCAGACCAUUUUUUAUGAUCUAAUCUACAGUACUUUUGCAUUAAAAUUAAUAAAGAAAUGUAGCUAUUUUUUCUGCAGAACAACUGC